CUCCCAUAAUGCCGAGCUCUAGAAAAAGCUUGUUAUCAUCCUCUUCAAAUUAGAUAUGAAGAUAUAUAACAUCCUCAAGAAGACCACUAUGAACUCAGUGCUUCUCAUCAGCUGUACAGACUGAAUCUUUAUCAUUGAUGUUUCAGUAUAUUGGAUUGUGCACUGUGCCAAACCACAAGGUCAAGAAUGAUUUCCAAAUCAAACUGUUCCUUCACGAAUACCUCACUGUCUAUGUGUAUUCAAGACCUACUGUGUAAUACCAGUGUUGGGCUAAACCUCAGUGAGGUAGAGAUAGAUGAGUUUUGCCUCGACCACGACGAGUACCUGGAGAAAUAUCUAGGACCUCGGCGUUCUCCGGUCUUUCUGCCCAUUUGCAUCACCUACCUGAUCAUCUUCUCAGUAGGGGCGUUGGGCAAUGUUCUCACCUGCACCGUAAUUGCUCGCAACAAGAUCAUGAGGACACCGACCAACUUCUACCUGUUUAGCUUGGCUGUGUCCGACCUCCUUGUCCUUCUUUUGGGAAUGCCAUUGGAGCUCUACGAAAUGUGGAGUAACUACCCAUUCCUUCUGGGCAAGAGCGGCUGCUACUUUAAAACCUUCCUGUUUGAGACUGUAUGCUUUGCGUCCAUCCUAAAUGUAACGGCGUUGAGCGUGGAACGCUACAUCGCAGUGGUCCACCCACUCAGAGCCAAAUACGUUGUGACGCGCACUCACGCCAAGCGAGUGAUCUUAAGCGUGUGGAGCGUUUCCAUGUUGUGCGCCAUUCCCAACACGAGCCUCCACGGCAUUUUUACCCUCCCUUUUCCCAAAGGCAAAGGAACAGGGGGCGUGCCAAAUUCUGCUACAUGCAUGCUGGUCAAACCACGUUGGAUGUAUAACCUGAUCAUUCAGAUUACCACUUUUUUGUUUUUCCUCCUGCCCAUGUUGACCAUCAGCGUGCUGUACCUGCUAAUCGGCAUCCAGCUGAAGCGAGAGAAGAUGCUGCAGGUCAUGGGCGCAAAGGCCAGCAUGGGACAAGACGGCUACUCAAAUGCACACAGUCAACAGCAGAAAGCACGUCGCAGGCAGGUCACUAAAAUGCUGUUUGUGCUUGUGGUCAUGUUCGGCAUCUGCUGGGCUCCUUUUCACACCGAUCGCCUGAUGUGGAGCUUUAUGGACCAGAGCACCAGCGACCACGCCGGGAUCUUUCAGGUCUACGAGUAUGUUCACGUCAUUUCGGGUGUCUUCUUCUACCUGAGCUCGGCCAUUAACCCCAUCCUGUACAACCUGAUGUCCACCCGUUUCAGGGAGAUGUUUAAGGAGGUGAUGUGUCACCGUACAUGGCACCCAGCCCCGAGGAAACGCUCUCUGAGCAUGACCCGGGUCACUAUGCGCAGCACUGUCAGUGAAAUCCCACCUUGUAAUGGCACUGUCGCUAAUGAAGGAGAAGAUUACGAUGUAUGCGAAUGUCAUGGAAAUAAGAUCACACUUUCUUAAGAAAACAAGCUGAACUUGUAUUGUGUUGUAUUAUAUUUGGUGUCAAAGCUUAUUUGCUUUGCAUUCUGGGUAAAGCUUUUGUUUAUUUUAAGCUGAUGUGCAUCAUUUUUUUUGCAGUGGUUUUUCUUAACAUCUAGAGAGAAUAAGUAACCCAUGACUUGGAUCAUUAACACUAUGGGCCGGUUUCCCGGACAGGGUUUAGAUUAAUCCAGGAUUAGACCUUAUUUAUAUUAGGACAUUUAGGCAAGCCAAGUUUAUUUGUAUAGCACAUUUCAUACACAUAGGUCAUUUAAAGUGCUUUACAUAGAAAUGAGAAAAAAAUCUAAGAGACAAAUUAUGACUUUAUUUUGAGUCUUUAGACCCCUAGAGUCAAGGUGUGUGUUAUCCUUGAGAGUUUCACGAUUAUACAUUAUUAUCACCAAAUACAAUGACUUCAUUUUUGUCUUUGUUUAACUGGAGGAAGUUUUGACGCAUCCAACUGCUAAUUUCAUCAAUGCAUUUACAUAAAGAGUCAAUGGGGCUGUAGUCAUUGGGAUACAGGGUUAAGUAUAUCUGGGUGUCAUCUGCAGAGCUGUGGUAAGCAAUUUGGUUCUUUUUCAUUAUUUGACUAAGUGGGAGCAUAUAUAAAUUAAAGAGAAGCGGGGCAAGAAUUGAGCCCUGUGGGACUCCACAUGUCAUGGAUGUCCACUCAGAUUUAUGGUUACCAAUGUUCACAUAGUAACCUCUCCCUUUUAGGUAUGAUUUAAACCAUUUGAGGACCAUCCCAGAGAGCCCUACCCAGUUUUCCAGUUUAUGUAAGAGCAUGGUGUGAUCUAACGUGUCAAAGGCAGCACUAAGAUCUAGUAGCACCAGCACUGAUAUUUUGACCUGAAUCAGAGUUUAAGCGAAUAUCAUUUAUUAUCUGUAUGAGCACUGUCUCUGUGCUGUGAUGCUGACGGAAAUCUAAUUGAAAAUUGUCCAGUAGUUUUAAGUAGUUUUUACUUUUUUUUACAAACAGACUGAAUGCAAUGUAAAUUACUUUAAAGCAUCUGCCAAACGCAUAAAUGUAUAUAUAUAACUUUCAUGUUGAAGCUGUGGCCUAGUGCAGAAGUGGCAAAAUAUUUUGUUUUUGUCUAUAUUAAUAGUUUUUAUGUGACGUCACGUACUUGGGGGAACAAUGUCACAUAUUCGCUGAAGGGCAAGAGAGUGCUAUCUGCCAUUGUUUGCAGGUUAAGAAGUGAGUGAUAUCUUUAGUUUAGCCUUAAUACGGAUAGUUGAAUAAAAUGCACUAACCGACGAGGAAUAAAAACUGGGCUAUGCUUCUACAGAAUGCCGUCAGAGAAGUAAACCCAGAAAGGAGGAAAUGAUGAUUUCAUUGAUAUGCUUUAAAGGUGCCGUAGAAUGUAAAACUGUAUCUACCUAGCCAUAGAUGAAUAAUAAGAAUCCUGUACAUGGUAAUGACAUAUUGUGAGCAUCAAACACGAUGCCUUAUGUAAACUUUG